UUGGAUGGCGUGCGGGUUUUGGAGUUGGCCCGCUGGCAGGCGGCGCCGCGGGGCGGGUUGAUCCUGCAGGACAUGGGCGCGGAAGUGAUCAAGCUGGAGUGGCGCAAAGGGGCGGAUCUGCGAGAUUCCGGGCCAUUCGUGGGCAAGAUGAGUGUCCAGUUCGCCGCAUACAACCGGGGGAAAAAGAGCGUUACGCUGAACACGCGCCACGACAGGGGCAAGGACCUGUUCUUCCGGCUCCUAGAGGUUUCCGAUGUGGUGCUGGAAAACUUCCGGCCGGGCACGAUGGCCGAAAUGGGGUUCGGCUACGACGAGCUAUGCAAGGUGAAUCCGGGCAUCAUCCUGGCAUCGGUGUCGGGAUUCGGGCAGUAUGGUCCCUAUCGUAACCGGCAGUGUUUCGACCCAAUUAUCCAGGCGAUGAGCGGUUUCGGCGAUCAGACCGGGCGGGGGUUUGACCAGCCCAUCAUGGGUAACGGCCCGGUGAUGGACCGCACGGCUGCGCUUCAUGCGGUGAUCGGAAUCCUGGGCGCGCUGCGUCACCGGGACCGGACCGGCGAGGGCCAGUGGCUGGAGGUGGCGAUGCUGGACGGGGGGAUUACCCUUGAGGAAGUUGCACUGGCCAUGUGCUACGAAACCAACACCAACGAUUUCCUGCGGGUGGGCACCUUUCUGCGUUGCAAGGAUGGCUGGGUAACGACGGGGGCGGCUCGCGCCGGCAUGUGGCAACGGAUGCUCAAGGUGAUGGAUUACGACGAGAUGUCUGAAGACCCUCAGUUUGCCGCGCCGAUGUUUGCUACCGAUAUGGCAGAGGUACGCAUGGAGUUGUUGCGCCUUUGGUGCGAGGAACGCACGGUCAAAGAGGUGGAGGACGCAUUGGUGGCCGCCGACAUUCCGUUCGGAGCGGUCAAGUCCAUUCCGGAGGUUCUGGCCGACAGCCACAUGUGGGAGCGUGAAGUGAUGAUGGAGGCGGAGAUCCACGACCCGCCGGGAAAGAAGAUGCUGGUUCCGGGUCCCACCAUCAUCAAGUUCUCCAAAACCCCCACGACCGCAGGACCCAUCCCCAGGUAUGGUGAGCAUAACCAGGAGAUUUACGGCGACCUGUUGGGCCUGACGGAGGGCGAGAUGACGGACAUGGUAGAGCAGGGAAUCAUAACCUGA